AUGUCCUCGAAAGAAGACGCGGCAAAGAUCAUAAGCGAGAUCUCCUCCCAAAACAUCGAUGAGCUUGUACGGGGCUCUACUUUCACGAAUGAGGUAGAGGAAUCUAUUCGAGGCCACAUCCAUUCAGAGUUGGAUGCAUGGUUCCUUUUCAGAAAAUUAGCGGGAGAUUGUGCUCGCGCCAAUAUCUCCCUGCACGGCUUUGCUAUGCUCUGGGAGAGAUGCGCUGCAGAAUCUUUUAUCGAGGCGCACUGGCUUGAGAAGUAUCUCAUCCAACGCGGAGGGCGUUCCAGGCCAACCGCAAUUGCCGCUCCAAAGUGUGAGUGGCCAGACAGCCCCGUCGAACCUGUCCGCCCGGUCAAAGAAGCCUUGGAGACACACAAGUCGCUUCUGGAGGACCUUGAGCGGCUGUGCUCACUAGCUGAUAACAUGCCUUAA